ACUCACCGCUUUAGCACAAGCAGCAGAAUCCUGAAAAUGAAUGUUUUCAAAUCUCGGAUCUAGGAUUGUCGCGAACUUUCUGUUACCGCUAAAAAAACGACACGAAGCUAAAGCAUAUUAUAUAGCCUGCUCGCACCUACACGAAACUCUAUAAUAAACUAUGUACUAAAAAGAAGCAUAAAUGUUUGCCUUCCUUUUUUUAACUCAAAAGUCAGGAGAACAGCAGAAGUGUUGUAGUCGCGAAUUAUUUUUUUCGAUUCUAACAAAAUGUAUCGAUAUCUCAAAAGUAUCGAGCUCGAGCAUCGAUACCAAUUUGUCGCGUAUCGUAAAAAAAGAAUCGAUUAUGGAUCGGUAUCGGCAGAAUCGUAACGUGACUAUAAACAAGCACAUUAGAUUAAAAAGCAGACAAGCAGCCUUUUUUAUUUCAACUUCUAUAUUGUAUUUCCGUGAUCAUAGCUAAAAUGCCAGUUUUAGAUAAUGAAGUAAUCAAAACACGUAAGUUUUUGAAAAUUCGACUUCAGAGAGAUUCCGCUACUUUUCGUGGAUAUGACAAGGAAGUGCAACACAUUCGUGAUUUACUUUUCCGAACGGCGGAAUUUGGUGAAUCGAAUAGCGCUCUCCUAUUAGGUCCCAGAGGAUGCGGCAAAACAACGCUCGUUACUUCUGUUCUGACGGGUUUACUGCGAGAGAAAGGCUUUCGCAGUAAUACCCUGAUUGUUUACCUCAACGGGCUCCUGCAUACGGAUGAUCGUUUGGCAUUAAAAUCGGCAACAGCACAGAUGAACCUGGAAAACGCCGUGGACGGUAAGGUUUUCGGAUCAUUUGCUGAAAACCUAGCAUUUUUACUGGGUUGCCUCAAAGCUGGUGAUAAGAACUCGAAAAGUGUGAUAUUUAUUCUGGAAGAGUUCGAUCUGUUCUGCUCACAUCACAAUCAAACGCUGCUGUACAAUUUGUUCGACGUUGCCCAGUCGGCACAGGCACCCAUUUGCGUACUAGGAAUCACCGCUCGAUUAGAUGUUAUAGAGUUACUGGAAAAACGUGUUAAAUCACGGUUCUCCCACCGGCAGAUAUUUCUGCUUCCAAAAGAAGAUGACUUCGAUGGGCGAGUUAAGCUUUUUGUUACUCUUUUAAAAUUACCAACAGAUAAGGAGAUGAAAGAAUACAAUAAAACUAACAAAGCAAUUCCUCAAGAUGCUGUACAAAAUCGUGAGCUGCCCUUACUGCGCAAUCUUUUCAAUCCCAGCGAUUUCGGGUUUACUUCUAAAUGGGUGUCUCAAUGGAACAAACAUAUAGAUGCGCUGGCUUCAUCCUCGACCGUUUUAUCUACACUGCAAAACAUGUAUGACUAUGAGGUUCUUGAAGGACCGUUCAGAAGUUCCCUCUUUGAAUUGGUGUCACAGUUGAGUGAAUCUAAUCCACUCAUCUCUGUAGAACAGAUUCAGUCCUUGGAACAGCAGCUCAACAACGAUGACAAGGUCGUGCUACUCUGCGGUUUAUCAGUUUUGGAACUAUGUCUUCUAAUUGCAAUGAAACAUCACUCGGAAAUUUACGACCGAGACCCGUUCAAUUUUGAGAUGAUUCUGACGCGGUACAAUAAAUUUGCUAAUUCAAGUUCCACGAUGCAGGGGAUUGAGCGAAACGUUAUACUAAAAGCUUAUGAACAUGUGAAAAACUUGGAAUUGAUCGCACCGAUUAGUGGUGCCGCCUCAAAAGUUCAAAAGGAAUAUCAACUUCAUCAUUUGCUGCUUACAUACGGACAGAUUAAUCAAGCAGUGCUGAAGUCGCAGAAUUUGCCCACCGAGAUCAGCCAGUGGGCACAGCGUUCGUUUGUUUAGUUACGUCGUUGUUAAUGUUUAAAUAAUAGUUAGGUGAAGUCUGUUGCUGUGAAGUUUUAUUCGCGUAUAAAUAUAAAAAUAGGUACGUUAUGCUUUGUCUAAGUUAAGUUUUGUCUAAAAAAUACAUCUAUAUAUAUAACAUACCAACAUUUUCGAGUUCAGUUAUCUUUAUUAGGUUCUGUCUGACAAAUUUACACGAUGUUUCCUCCAUUUUUUUUCAAUAACAGCUGCAUAAGUCUGUUUGAUAUUUUUCUGGAAGGUUAAAUAAAAAGAGCGGGGAUUACAAACACGAGGGCACGAUAUUCCAAAAGUCGGUUAAACUGUAUUUUUUUAAAGGGGGUUUGUUAGUAGCUUAAGUAUUUAUGAUAAAAAUAGGUAAAUAAUGAGUGUUUGUGGCAAUCACAAAUGGUGACUUCUCAUAACUGUUAGAAAUUUGUAAUUUUAAUUGUUAGGAUUUUAGGGAUCUAAAUCUACUUGUCAAAAUAAGGGAAAUAAACUAACAACUAACCUAAUUGCUAACUUAUUGGCUAUAAAUAGAGCUUUUCGUGGCAAUUGAGGAUUUCAACGAUUUUUGUCGAAAAAUGGUAAUUAUUUUAUUUGACAUAGCUUCUAAUAUUUCUACACUGCCGCUAUUUGCAUAACAGUCCUAUGUAAAAGUCCUAUGUUUUCUUGUUUUUUUGCGGAAAAGGGU